AUGGGUCCUUUUGAUCAACUUCCAAUUUCUAACCUCCAUAUUUCACCAGUUGGCAUUGUCCCUAAAUCUGAUGGAGGGUGGCGAAUGAUUACCCAUUUAUCCUAUCCUAGUUCCCAGGGGAUCAACGACUUUAUAGACCCAGAUUUAUGUACAGUGCAGUAUGCAUCUUUUGAUGGUGUAGUCAAUAUGAUUGCAAAUUUGGGAAGGGGCGCAUUGAUAGGUAGGUCUGGUAGUGAUGAAUGUGAAAUUCUAAUGUCUACUUUUAGUAACUUAGCUGGGGAUUUAGGGGUACCUCUAGCCCAUGAGAAAACUUCUGGUCCAACGACAAAAUUAAUAUUUCUAGGUUUUGAAAUUGAUACACUAGAGAUGACAAUUAAGAUCCCAGAAGCUAAGUUAGAAAUCCUGAAGAGUCUGAUUGAAAAUUUUUUAGAUAGGGAAAAAGUUACACUGCAAGAAAUGCAGUCUUUAGUUGGAAUGCUCAAUUUUUUCUCAAAGGCAAUCAGAUCUAGUAGAGCUUUUAUUCGAAGAAUGUAUGAUGCAUUUAGUGGAGUUUUCAAGCCACAUCAUCAUAUAAGAUUAUCAGUAGGAAUUAAAAGUGACCUUAGAAUGUGGCUGGUGUUCUUGAACCAUUUCAAUGGGGUUGCAUAUUUUCCUAAUACUGUAUGGGAAGAUUCUAGCAUUUUACAGUUAUUUACAGAUAGUGCAGGUUCAGGUCAUUUAGGUUGUGGGGGUUACUUUAGUGGAAAAAAUUGCAGAUUCUAUUUCUCGCAAACAGUGGUUCCGCUUCAAGACGUUAGCACCAGAGGCAAGCACCAGACCAGACCCUCUUCCAGUAGAAUUAGUCAACAUGAUUUACAGAUUCAAAUGAAUAAAUUGCUAGAUGCUUCAAUCUCUGAAAACACUAAGACAGCAUACGAAACAGGACAAAAUUCAUUUUAUAAUUUCCGGAAAGAAUUUGGGUACGAAAUUUCAUGGCCCCCACCUCUUAGAGAUGUUGUUCACUUUGUUGCUUAUCUGUCACUUAAGAAGUGUUCCUAUGCUACGGCAAAAUCUUAUCUAUCUUCUAUUAGUUUUCAAUGCAAAAUUCACAAUUGGGUUGAUGAAACAAAGAACUUUCUGGUUGUAAAGGUUCUUGAGGGUAUGAGAAGAACUGGUAGGUCUGCAGAUGCAAGGCUACCUAUAACCUUGCAGUUGCUUACUAAAGUUGUUAGGGUUUUAUCGAGCAUUUGUAGCAAUAGUUAUGAAACAAAAUUGUUCAGAGCUGCUUAUAUAUUAGCCUUCUUUGGUUUUCUCAGAAUAGGGGAAUUCACAUUGUCUACUGGUAAUAGUGUUCAUACAAUUUUACAAGUGACUGAUGUUCAAUUUGAAGCUAAUUACUCCAAGGUUUUUGUACACAUAAGAAUGUCAAAAUGUGAUCAGGAUAGAAAGGGGGUUUCUUUAGCCAUUGAUAAAAGUGGGGGAAUCCUGUGUCCAGUAGCAAGUUUGAUAGAUUAUCUUGCAGUAAGACCAAAAAUUAAAGGGCCAUUAUUUAUCCACUGUGGAAAAAAUCCCCUUACCAGAUAUCAGUUCUCUUCGGUUUUGAAAAAAUCACUUCAGGUUUUGGGGGUUCAGGGACAUUAUAGGGCCCAUUCAUUUUGUAUCGGGGCAGCCACUGCAGCAUUUGAAGCGGGGUGUUCACAAGAUGUCAUAAUGGAAGCAGGGCGUUGGAAGUCUAGGGCAUACAAAUCACACAUAAGAUGUCCUAUUUGGCAGAUAAUCUGUUGCACUGGAUGUCGUCUUCGUGAAAUAUGUCGUGGCAUAACCUUACAGGAAUGGCGUUUGCGCACACCAAAGCAACUGAGGCCUACAGCAUAA